AUGUCUGAAAGCCAGCUCAUUCGCGUCACCGUCUGCGCAAGACGCAAUCCCAAACUGUCGGAGGAAGAAUUUGAGGACCACUGGAAGAACAAGCAUGGACCUCUGAUCACUUCAUGGCUGAAGACGUACGGUUACUUUUGGUACAAGUCUUAUGAAGACUUUGAGAAAGCCUACGAGGACGAGUAUUACCUCAACGUGGUGAAGAAGGACGAAGAGUAUCUGUUUGAUAUGGCUAGUGUGACAGUAACGACUGGCACUGAGCAUACGAUCAUCGAGGAUGGAAAGGUCGUUCGCUGCUUUCUUCUCAAAAUGCAGUCCAUCGAUCAGCCGCUCAACGGCAAAAUCUUGCUCAUCACGGGAGGUGCAUCUGGCAUCGGUUUGGGACUCACCAAGGAAGCUCACGCCAUAGGCGCAAAAGUGCUCGUAGCCGAUCUCAAAACCACACCCGAUUUCGAUGCCUUCGCCGCAAACAAAGACAACAUCCUCUACGUGCAGUCCGAUGUGACGAACUGGGCAGACUUUACUAAAAUCUUCGAUGCAUGCGAGAAGAAGUGGAAUGAUGUGCCUGAUGCGUACGGCAUCUGCGCUGGCCUGUUCGACCCGCCGUUCUCGAAUUUCUGGCAGGAUCCAGAGCAAGAUGAGGGGUACAAGCAGGUCGACGUCAAUGUAAAUCAUCCGAUCAAGUUGACGAGGAUGGCGCUGAGGAAGAGCCUGGGUAAAGGGAAGAGAGCUAGCUUCGUAAAGUCGAUGAAGGACAGCGAGUCUCUUACUGGAGUCAAAAUCACCACCCUUUGCCCUGCAGGCGUCAUGACCCCGCUUUUCGACGCCGAGAAGAUCAAACAGUACUCGGCAACGGAGGCAGGUUACCUCACGCCGCAGGAUUGUGCCAAGCAUCUGCUUGAUCUGCUGCAAAAGAAGGAAUAUGCAUGUGGGACUGUGUUGGAGCUUACGAUUGAGGGAACGAGAAUCAUCCCGGAGUGGAAUGUAGCGCCGCUCAGAGUCAAGGGUACGGGACAAGAGGAAAUGGAUGAAGAGUUCUUGGGCAAUUUGUUGAGGCCGGUCAAGCAGGCGGUGGAGAAAGAUAAAGCGAGUGCGAAGUUGUAG